AUGUCGGUUAUCUGGCCAAUGGGUCAGCAACGGCCAUUGGUUGACCUCCACCAGUGGGCUUUCCUUGGAGAGGAGGCUGCAGUGGAGACGCUGAGGGCGAGUGGCACAGCCGAGGCUAAGGGCUGCUGUUUCUCCAGAGAUAAAAGAGAUUUUGACAAUCUGACGGUGUUGCAGAAAAGAGUAAAAGUCUGCCCAAUUGGAGAAUCCCAACCUAAGCAAUCUGGGAGGGGACGGGUGUCUGAGGAGAAGCGUUUGGAAGAGCCAAGCCACCGUGGGUCACGGCAGCUAGGAGAGACUAAACAAGAGUCCGGAGAGACUAAACAAGGCGCCCUUGAGAUCAAUCCCACUGCCCCUGGAACAGAGGGAACCCUUCUAGGGUCGCUGCAGCUCACAAGGAGCCACGAAGGGCAAGGAUCAGUAAGACAAGUGGUUGGCUUCACAGAUGAAAGCACCUUGUCCACUUCCUCAGAAGGGAGAAGCCGAAACCAAUCCCAAUUUACCGGCAUGCAACUGGCCAACUCUGGUUCAUCUACUGUGUCCACGGCGCACGGGAUCGAGCUCCUACUUGGACUUUAUGGCAAUGCUGGGCAGAGCAAUUCAACUUACGGGAGGCUGGUGGGAAAGCCAGCAGAAGCGGAGUUGGUGGAAGGGGCUGCCACAAUUCAGCUGCACCGGCAGAGUAUGGCAGAAGGAAAUAAUACAUAUUUUCUUCCGCAACCCCUUUUCCUGGCAUACCAGCUGCCGGGACAAAGAGCCAUGGGAGGGAGCUGA